AUGAUUGACAUUGAGGCAGUCAUUGAUGGAAUAAAAGUUUUUAUGACGUUUGUUUAUGGUGACCCUGUUUUGGAACGAAGAGAUCAAGUUUGGGAACGUCUUACGCGUUUCUCAACAACUAGGACUGGACCUUGGUUCAUGAUUGGAGACUUUAAUGAAAUCACGGGGCAUAAUGAGAAGGAAGGAGGGAGACAGCGUUCAGAUAGCUCGUUCCUAUCCUUUAAGCAAAUGCUUACAGAUUGUGGGAUGUUAGAGUUUUCUUUUACGGGGGACAUGCUUUCAUGGGUAGGGAAGAGAGCAGGACGUGUAACUGUUCGAUGUCGUCUAGACAGAGCAGUAGGCAAUGCUGAUUGGCAUGAGAAGUUCCCGCACUCUAAUGUCAAGUACUUGAGACUAUGGGGAUCGGAUCAUCGUCCGAUUCUUGCAGACAUACUGACAAAGCCAACGAGAAGAUCAAAGAAAUUCAAAUUUGAUAGGAGAUGGCUAGACAAUGAGGAACUGAGGCAAGUCAUUCUUGAGGGAUGGAAAUCUCCUGAUUUACCCCCCGAUGCGAAUAUAAUGGAACAUAUCUCUAGUUGUCGAAAAGCUUUGAGUGAGUGGAGGAGACAACACAAUAUCAAUUCGGCAAAGCUAGUGGAGGAGUUAAAGGAGAAAGUUGAGGGUUUAUAUGCAGACGACAAUGCGACGACGGAGGAAAUUGCAGCAGCGUUGAAGGAACUAUCUGAUGCUCUUAAGGCAGAAGAAAUGUUCUGGAAACAAAAGAGUAGAGUAUUCUGGCUGAGAGAGGGAGAUAAAAAUACCAAAUUUUUUCAUGCCUUAACGAAGCAAAGGAGAGCAAGGAACAAAAUCACGCAGCUUCUGGAUGCUAAUGGUAAUAUAGUUGAGGAUGAGGAAGGACUGGUAGCCAUUGCUACUAGUUAUUUUCGACAAAUCUUUGAGUCAUCUAUACCAGAAGGCAUUGAAGAGGCGUUAUCUGAAGUUCCUACGACGAUCACAGGAACAAUGAAUGACAGUCUCACAGCUCCUGUUUCAGAAUGGGAGAUUAAAUUAGCUCUCUUUGCUAUGCAUCCAGAUAAGGCACCAGGACCUGAUGGGAUGACUGCGCUUUUUUACCAACAGUUUUGGGAUAUAGUCAAACAGGAUUUAACUCUUAUGGUGAAUAAAUUCCUGUUUGAAGGACAUGUCGCCAAUGGUCUGAAUGAUACAAACAUAUGCCUUAUCCCAAAAACAACUAAGCCUAAUGAUAUGGCUCAGUUCCGACCCAUAAGCUUGUGCAAUGUUAGCUACAAGAUCGUCUCCAAGGUCUUAUGCCAGAGACUAAAGAAAGUCUUGCCAGGUUUGAUAUCAGAAACCCAGUCAGCCUUUGUUGCUGGAAGACAGAUUUCAGAUAAUAUCAUGAUUGCUCAAGAGAUGUUUCAUGCCCUACGAACAAAACCGAGUGGACAUAAUAGGAGGAUGGCCAUCAAGACAGAUAUGAGUAAGGCAUAUGAUAGGAUGGAAUGGUCGUUUAUCGAAGCUGUGAUGCGUAAGAUGGGAUUCUCUGAGACAUGGAUCACCUGGAUUAUGAGGUGCAUUACGUCGGUCAGAUACAAAGUUCUCAUGAAUGGGCAGCCGAGAGGAAAUAUUGUUCCAGCGCUCGUUAGCCUUCUCAAUCAUGCAGAGAACCAAGGGAAGAUAACGGGGAUGCGUAUUACACGCGCAUGUCCUUCGAGGAUUAAUGCAGCGACCCGGCAAGAGGUUAAAGAUACACUUGGAAUACACAAUGAUGGAGGGAUGGGAAAGUAUUUAGGGAUCUCAGAGGAUAUUAGUGGCUCUAAAUGUAAACUUUUUGCAUUUCUAAAGGAAAAUCUGAUGCACAGAGUCAAUGGAUGGACUGGUCGAUGGCUCUCAAAAGGAGGAAAGGAAGUAAUGAUCAAAUCCAUUUUACUAGCUCUUCCGACAUACGUUAUGUCAACGUUUCUGCUCCCACUGGAGAUCUGUGAAAACCUCGCUAGUGCCAUUGCACAAUUUUGGUGGAGCUCGAAUCCUCCAAAAAGAGGAAUACACUGGGCAAAAUGGGACAAGGUUUGUUUACCCAAAGAAGAGGGCGGUAUUGGCUUCCGGCUAAUUCAUGAGUUCAAUCUAGCACUACUGGCAAAGCAAUUAUGGAGACUGGUCCAAUACCCUGAUUCACUGGUUGCCCGAGUAUUAAGGGGGCGAUAUUAUAGGAUGACCUCGCCAUUGAGAGCGACCUCUACUAGCAGCCCAUCAUAUGUGUGGACAAGUAUCUCCGCAGCAAGGAAGCUCUUACUGCUAGGGAUCAGACAGAAGAUUCACUCUGGUUACGAUGUCAGGGUGUGGGAGGAUCCGUGGAUUCCGACGACACCUGCUAGACCGGCUAGACCUAUAGCCCCAGUGAUGAACCUAAACAUGAGAGUCAGUGACAUCAUUAAUCAGGAAUCAAAGGAGUGGGCUGUAGGACUACUAGAUGAUUAUGUCCAUCCUGAUGAUAUACCUCUCAUCCGCAGUAUGGCUAUAAACUCUACUCACCGUCGAGAUACUUUUUGUUGGAACUACACGAGAAAUGGCCAAUACACAGUCAAGUCUGGAUACUGGGUUGCUCAGAACCUAUUGGAGCAAGAAGAGGAAAAGGAAAUAUUAGAGCCAAGUAUCACUAAACUUCAAGCCUUUGCUUGGAAGUUGAAAGCGCCAGGGAAGAUAUGCCAUCUUAUAUGGCAAUUGAUCACGGGUCAGGUAGCAGUAACGAGGAAUCUAGUAAGGCGUAAUAUGAGGUGCGAUAAUUAUUGCCCAAGGUGUGGGGAAAUAGAGGAAUCUGUAACUCAUGCAAUAUUUGAAUGCCCUCCAGCCUUGCAAGUAUGGUCUUUAUCGGUAACUCCUACAUGUCCAGGUACAUUCCCAGUGGCGAGCGUCUACACAAACAUGGACUAUCUUUUUUGGAGGAAAAAUAAUAUCAUUGUACCAGACCAAGACAGGGAUCCUUAUCCCUGGAUAAUAUGGUAUAUUUUGAAGGCUCGCAAUGAUAAGCUUUUCACGGGUAUAGAUAGAGAUCCUUUGGAACUCGUCCGAUACACAGAGAGUGAAUGCCAAGCCUGGUUUAACGCAAAUGAGAUGAUACCACAACAAGUCCGGGCCAGCAAUAAUGAUGUAAACCAAGUCUUAAGCUUGGGUAAUAUCUGCUUGCUCGAUGGAUCUUGGACAGCUUCUGAUCGUUUUAGUGGAUGUGGAUGGAUCUGGAUGGAUAGUAGGGAGGACAUACAACUUAUGGGAACACGAAACUUCACUCGAUGUGAAUCAGCGUUGCAUUCGGAGGUAGAAGCGCUGCAAUGGGCGAUGGAGAACAUGCUUCAACACUCGCCGUGCCAGAGCUUUGGGACGGACUGCAAAGAGCUGAUCGCAAUGAUAAAUGAACCCCAGAAGUGGCCAAGAUUUGCGACAGAGCUGGAGAAGAUAGAGACGCUGCAGAUUUUUUUCCGGACUUCAAAAUCACCCAUGUACCACGUCUGCGCAAUCAGUUUCCUGACUUUUUAG